AUGGCUAAGAAUUUUGCAGUGCCAAAAUACUUGACCACCAUGACUUUUUUCAUAGGGUUUGUGAUGCUAUCCACAACCUGCACAAGUCUAGUCCUAUUCCCACCCAAGGACAUCGCCGGUAUGCUUCGAAACGACACAGAAUCCAUCAAUUCAACAUCUACAGAUUAUGGCCAUAUAGUUCAAGAAUUCCCAGCUGCAGUUUUUAAUCCAACGUCACCGAACGACAUCGCAAGCCUAAUCCUAUUCUCAAACAACAAUUCUUACGCGCCUUUUGGCGUCGCCGCCAGAGGCCAGGGACAUUCUGUUCGCGGACAGGACCUGGCUCCUGACGGAGUUGUCAUAAACAUGACAGCGUUGAGCAAUGGGUCUAGAAUUGUGGUCUCCGAGAGCCCGUCUUUGGGUUCUUAUGCUGAUGUUGGAGGUGAGCAGCUUUGGAUUGAUGUUUUGCAUGCUACACUCGACCAUGGUCUUACGCCGGUUUCGUGGACCGACUACCUGUACCUGAGCGUCGGUGGAACGCUCAGUAACGCUGGCAUCAGCGGCCAAACGUUUCGUUUUGGACCUCAAAUCAGCAAUGUCUAUGAACUGGAUGUUGUAACUGGGAAAGGAGAUUUCAUAACUUGUUCCUCAACCAAGAAGCCUAAGCUAUUUUAUGCUGUUCUUGGAGGUUUAGGCCAAUUUGGUAUUAUAACCAGAGCAAGGAUUGCCCUACAGCCAGCUCCAAACAGGGCUAAAUGGGUACGACUACUUUACAGCAACUUCAGUGCAUUUUCAAGUGACCAAGAACUUUUAAUCUCAACAAGUGGAAAGAUGGAAAGAGAUGGGUUCGAUUAUGUCGAAGGUCUCCUUCUAAUGCAGCAAGGUCCUCUAGAUCUUUCAUUUUAUCCAGUAGCCGAUCAACCACGAAUAGCUUCUCUAGUAAACCAAUACGGCAUCGUUUACACCAUAGAAGUGAUCAAAUAUUACGACGAUAGCACUCGGGAUACAGUGGACAAGGUAGUUGAAAAAUUGACCAAAAGGUUAAGCUUUGUUCCUGGAUUUAUGUUCGAGCAAGAUGUAUCAUACGAAGAAUUUCUGGAUAGAGUGCGAAUUGAAGAGAAAAUUCUUCAAUCACUUGGACUAUGGGAUAUUGCACAUCCAUGGAUGAAUCUCUUUGUACCAAAAUCACGAAUUUCGGACUUCGAUUCGGGUGUUUUCAAGGACAUUCUUCUUAAACAAAAGGUCCCUGCCGCACUAAUCCUCAUUUACCCCAUGAAUCGAAACAAGUGGGAUGGUAGGAUGUCUGCAGUUAUUCCAGAUGAAGAUGUUUUCUAUGUUGUAGGACUUUUGCAUUCAAGUGGGUUCAAUGAAUGGCCGGCAUUUGAUGAAGUAAAUACACAACUACUACAAUUUUGUCAUGAUGCUGGCAUUAUGGUCAAACAGUACCUUCCCCAUUACCAGACACAGGAGGACUGGAAAAACCAUUUUGGAUCAAACUGGCAAAGCUUCCAAGAAAUGAAAACCAAGUCUGAUCCAAACAAGAUAUUAGCUCCAGGACAGAGAAUUUUCAACUCCUUAUUGUAAUUAAG